UGCGCGGAAGGCGUGGCUUGGAAGGAGGAGGCGUGGCCGAGGAGAGUGAGGGGCGUGUCCGGCAUGGCGUCGGCGGCGCGGCUGGCCUUCCGCGGGGGGCUCCUCGGCGCCCUGUUGUUCCCGAUCCUCUCCCGCGCGGCGGGGAGGCCGGCUCCGCAGAGGAGCCUUGCAACAACCCCUCAUGACCCGGACGGAGAGGUGGACAAAGCCCGGCGGUCAGCAAAGGAGCAAGAGGCGUCCCCUGGGCAGAAGACCAUCUUUGGGCGCAUCCUGGACGGCUCCAUCCCGGCCAACUUCGUGUACCAGGAUGACAAGUGCGUGGCCUUCCGAGACGUGUCCCCCCAGGCCCCCGUCCACGUGCUGGUCAUCCCGAGGAAGCCCAUCCCCCGCCUCAGCCAAGCGGAAGAAGCGGACACCCAGCUGCUGGGUCACCUGCUGCUGGUGGCCAGCCAAGUGGCCAAGGCCGAGGGCCUCUCCGAGGGCUACCGCGUGGUGAUCAACGAUGGGAAGCACGGGGCCCAGUCCGUCUACCACCUCCACCUCCAUAUCUUGGGGGGCCGCCAGAUGGGGUGGCCCCCAGGGUGAACUCAGUGGAGGCCCCCCUGAAAAUAAACAAUAAAAGCCUACAAAGUGG